ACAAUCGGCCAUUUCGUCGGUGCAGGCCAUCAGCUUAAAGGGCAGUGGGGACUUCCUGAAUACUGGUUAUCUGAAAAAGGCACAUCAAGAAACAUCGCAUCAUGAAUGAGACAGCAGUUUCUUUCGCCAAGGACUUCUUGGCCGGUGGUAUCUCGGCUGCCAUCUCCAAAACAGCCGUGGCCCCGAUCGAGAGAGUGAAGCUUCUCCUUCAGGUCCAGCAUGCCAGUAAGCAGAUCACCGCAGAUAAGCAGUAUAAGGGCAUCAUGGACUGUGUUACCCGUAUCCCCAAGGAGCAGGGAUUCCUUUCCUUCUGGAGAGGUAACCUUGCCAAUGUCAUCAGGUAUUUCCCCACCCAGGCCCUCAACUUCGCCUUCAAGGAUAAGUACAAGAAGAUCUUCCUUGAUGGCGUUGACAAGCGCGCCCAGUUCUGGAGGUACUUUGCUGGUAACCUGGCCUCUGGUGGUGCCGCCGGAGCCACAUCACUCUGCUUCGUGUACCCUCUCGACUUCGCCCGUACCCGUCUGGCUGCAGAUGUGGGAAAGCCUGGAGCCGGGAGAGAGUUCAACGGUCUGGGAGACUGCCUGGUGAAGAUCUUCAGGUCUGAUGGUCUUAGAGGCUUGUACCAGGGCUUCAAUGUGUCCGUGCAGGGCAUCAUCAUCUACAGGGCUGCUUACUUUGGCAUCUAUGACACAGCUAAGGGUAUGCUCCCAGAUUCCAAGAACGCCAGCAUAUUGGUGAGCUGGAUGAUUGCUCAGUCUGUGACAGCUGUUGCUGGCCUGACCUCCUACCCCUUCGACACUGUCCGUAGACGUAUGAUGAUGCAGUCUGGACGUAAAGGAGCUGACAUCAUGUACACCGGGACCAUUGACUGCUGGCGUAAGAUUGCACGUGAUGAGGGCGGCAAGGCUUUCUUCAAGGGAGCCUUGUCCAACGUGCUCAGAGGCAUGGGCGGCGCCUUCGUGCUGGUGUUGUACGAUGAGCUGAAGAAAGUCCUGUAAAUCUUCAUGUUGUCACUUCACUGUCCAAUUCGGCUAAAUGUAAUAACUUUCCAUUUCUAUGGACUCAGCAUUCUGCCUUAUUUAUGGGAACAAACUAUAGUGUCUCACCUCUAGCUGUGGGCAAUGGCUGUACGUUGUGCAUCUUUGAUUUUAAACGUUCCACACCCUCUAUACCAAUGUCAUUCCUGUUAAAACAAAUAUCUGAUACCUCCUCCUCCUGUCAUUCACUAGGUUUGUAUGGUCCCAACUUGAAUAAAUCUAUUCUGGGGAACAAACUCUAAA